AGUUGCGCUCGCACACGCACGCCUGCUCCUCCCCAACAGGAAAAACAACGACCCGCGAGUCAGCAGGCGCUUCAUCUGUCAUUAGUGCCCAGAUCGCUCCCAUCUGUGCGCAACGCCUCCUGUUCCAAGACUCAUUUCGAACCCCGCGCCUGGUGAACUGGAGCUGGGUGUUGUGAAUGUGUUAACGGCGCUGCUUAGUGAGUCCACAGAGGCUUAUUGCAAUUAUUUUGCAGAGCAGCACAGAGAAAAGACCAAGUUGUUUUACCAACUUUAAACCCUGAAGCAGGAUGGAUACAGCCAGCGAGUCAGCCGGGGAGAGCAAGCCGGUGUGCCAGUGUGCCCCCAAGUCUGCGGUCCAGCGGUGGUUGCCCGGUUUGCCCGUCGCUCUCUGCCUGCUGAUGUCCUUGAGCUCCAUCACCGUGUGUCUCCUCAUGAGCCUCAAGACCUUCCAGCUGGAGGACCGCCUGCAGAUGGAGAUGGACAAGGCGUCCGUCUUCAGCCCGCCGCACAGGGCUUUUCUGAACGAGGACGGGACCCUGGUUGCAGAGCUGAGCGCCCCGAUAGGGAAGCUCGUGGAAGAGAAAGUGGUGGUGCUGAUGCCGAAAGUGCGAACAGCAAGGGAUGCUGGUCAAGAGUGCUCCUGUCCUCCAGGGCCUCCAGGAAAGCGUGGAAGAAUGGGAAGACGAGGGGAAGCUGGUAAGUGACGACCGCCACCUGGCAAGGCUGGACGGGAUGGAUACCCGGGUCCACUUGGCAUGGAUGGCAAACCAGGUUUACCGGGUCCUAAAGGAAGCCAGGGACCAGCCGGCCCCAAGGGAGAUAAGGGUGACCAGGGAGACAUUGGGCCAAGGAUGGCCUUUCCCCGCUAUGACCACGGCUUUCUCUCUGGAGAGCAGUCCGGCAGCUUUCAGAGACGUUUCCUGAAGGGUGACCAGGGCCAGGCAGGACCCGCUGGUCCUCCAGGUCCCCCAGGUCCUCCAGGUCCCAGAGGCCCCCCUGGGAACACAGGCAAAGACGGGCCCCGUGGCCCUGCUGGAGAACCGGGUUUUCCAGGUCGUGAUGGCGCUGAGGGACCACCGGGGUUGUCUGGAAAGCCGGGAGAGGCCGGUGAGCCCGGCUAUCAAGGGGCACAGGGUCCUCCAGGGAUGAAGGGCGAGCCAGGUAUGGCAGCAAAGGGAGAGAGAGGUAUGGAUGGACUCCCAGGAUUAAAGGGUGACAAAGGGGAGAUAGGAGAGCAAGGACCAGAGGGAGCCAUGGGUUAUCCUGGAGAAAAAGGCAGCACAGGUUCUUCAGACAUCAUUGACUUCAAUGGGAAGCUCCUAGAUGCUUUCCAGGCCAUCGACACCAUCAGCAUUUCGGGCCCGCCUGGACCCCCCGGACCCCAAGGCCCUUCAGGAGAAAAGGGUGACCUCGGAUUACCUGGUCUCGCGGGAGUUGAUGGGGAGGAGGGACCUAAAGGUGACACAGGACCCGCUGGCGAGAGGGGGGAGAAGGGGGAGAUGGGGCUCUCUGGGCCUGCUGGUAUGGACGGACAGAAAGGAGAGAAGGGCGACUGCAGAAUGGACGACAACCUGAUUCAGAUGAUAUCCCAACCAGGCCCACCUGGACCCCCUGGCCCCCCCGGGUCCUCUGGAUCCAUGGGACUGCACGGGAUGCCUGGUCCUAAGGGUGAGCCUGGAGCUGGUAUGAGGGGAGAGAAGGGAGACAUUGGUUCACCUGGACCCAGGGGACCAGAUGGCCUCCAGGGACUCUCUGGAUCUGCAGGGUUAGUGGGUCUUCCAGGUGCCAAGGGAGAAAAAGGCAAAACAGGGGAGCCAGGACUAGAUGGUUUCCCAGGUAUGACGGGAGACAAAGGUGACCGAGGAGAAAGAGGAGAGAAGGGCGACAGGGGGACAGUAGGGAAGAGAGGUCUAAAGGGACAGAAGGGGGAGCAGGGUCCUCCGGGCUUGGACCAGCCUUGUCCUGUGGGCUGUGAUGCGACUAAAGGUGUGUCUGUGGAGACGGAGCUCUCUUCCCCUCCAGCUCCUCCUCUUCCUCCUUCCGGCCCUCAGGCCCCCUGUCCUGUGGGACAAGAUGGGAUGCCAAUACCAGGCUGCUGGCACAAGGAGGACAUGUCGAGGCAGAAGCUCAAACGCAAGCGUCUCUCUCAGCCCUAAAGGGGGUGCGGGGCCUGGUGGAGAAAGGACACAUUGACAGGCAGAGAGCACGAGGGGCAGACCGGCCUUUACGCAGCAGCGGAGCCACGCAAGGCCUCCGCGUCACACAGAACACUCAGACCCCCCCCCCCCCCCCCCCGUUCUGGAAACCCCUUCAGGAGGGGGGGGCGACAGAGGACACUGCGAUUUCCACAUCCACUUGGGAGGAGAAGACGCACACUGACUGAUGAUGUGACGCGAUAGCUUGAUAACCAGUUUGUUUGGUGGGGGGGGGGGGGGGGGGAUGUCACUGGCACAUAAGGGAGGAAUUUACUGCACAGAUACAUUGGACACAUGGAGGGGAUUUCCUGUAUGGCUCUUUUGUAAAGCUUUUUGCAUGAUCAUAAUCCUGAAAGCCUGUAUGAUGUGUGGCCCCUCGAUGUAACGUCAGGUGAGGGGAGAUUCAUUUUCAUUUUCAUUUGCAACGAGCAGUCUUUAACAGUCUUUCCAUUUGAACAAGCCACUCAGAGGGGUCGGUAGGUCAACCUUUUUUUUUUAUGGCUUACACUCAACAGCAGUGGGGACUCGCGUGUUGUUUUGUUUUAUUCCGUUAGACUCUUACCUGAUUUUGUCCAGUUACAUUUUGCAUUCCUGUGCACUGGCAUGUUUAAUGCGGAAUAAAUAAAUGAGUGAAGCUUCAAGACCGGGUUUGAAGGAACCAGUCACAGUAUUCAUGUUAUUUCAGUGUUUCAACCAGGGAGCCACUCAGCUCCAACAUUAGCCUGUUUCUGUUUUAGCUGCCUGAACAAACGGUUGCUGAUCAGAUUCUUUUCUUAAUGAUUUCCAGCGUGACUGAUCAUUAUCCUUUAACCAUUGACGAGGACAUGUUUAAUUACUGUUGCCAGUUUUACUGUUGUUACUUCUUGCUGCUGACUUAAAUGUGUGUGUUUUUUCUUUUUGAUAUUUUUUUUGAACCAAUAUUAGUCAUUUGAACUGAAGGACUAACAGACUUUAAGUUUGAAAUUUGAAACGGAUGUAUACAACAACCCUAGUUUUUUAUGGUAAAUUUUCAUUUUAUAAUCAGCAAUAGAGAGUUUUAAACUUUGAAAAGCCUUUUCUCAGCUGGAACAAUUUCUUUGUGUUGUUUAAAACUCUGCUUACAUGUCCAAUCUAGGGUUGUCAAGGUCACACACAUGUACACAGACGCGCAUAAUUUUUCAAAUAACCUGUGUAAGACUGCAUUAACAAUUUUUUUUUUU